CUGCGGGCAAGGGGAGGGGGCAGAAGCUGGUGGUGGAGUAGGGGCUAGAGGAGUCCGAGCCGAUGUUUACACCGGGCAGAGAUUUGCCUGGGUAACAUAAUGCCAGCUGAGCGCAAAAAGUCAGCCAGUAUGGAAGAAAAAGAAUCUUCAUUAAAUAACAAAGAAAAAGACUUCAGUGAAAGGCGAUCAGUGAGCAGUAGAGAGAAACCAAAGGAGGAUGUGAAGGUUGGCCUGAAGAGAGAGCCUCUCAAGACACCUGAAGAUAAAAAGAAAAAACUGGAGGAGGAUAAACGGAAAAAAGAAGACAAGGAGCGAAAGAAAAAAGAAGAGGACAAGAUAAAAGCUGAAGAAGAGCAGAAGAGGAAAGAGGAUGAAGAAAAAAAGAAAUUUGAAGAGGAAGAGAAAAAGAAACAAGAAGAGGAAGUAAAACGUCAGCAAGAGGAGGCAGCUGCACAAUUGAAAGAGAAAGAGGAAGCACAUCAACUCCAUCAGGAAGCUUGGGAGCGCCAUCAAGCAAGAAAGGAACUCCGCAGCAAAAACCAGAAUGCACCAGAUAACCGCCCUGAGGAGAAUUUCUUUAGCAGGCUGGACUCGAGUCUGAAGAAGAACACUGCUUUUGUUAAGAAGCUAAAAACUAUCACAGAACAACAGAGGGACUCCUUGUCUCAUGAUUUUAAUAGCCUCAAUUUAAGCAAGUACAUUGCAGAAGCUGUAGCUUCUAUUGUUGAAGCAAAGCUGAAAAUAUCAGAUGUGAACUGUGCCGUGCACUUGUGUUCUCUGUUUCACCAGCGCUAUGCUGAUUUUGCUCCAUCACUUCUUCAGGUUUGGAAAAAGCAUUUUGAAGCAAGGAAAGAAGAGAAAACUCCCAACAUUACCAAACUAAGAACUGACUUGCGUUUCAUUGCAGAAUUGACAAUAGUUGGGAUUUUCACUGAUAAAGAAGGUCUGUCUUUAAUCUAUGAACAGCUAAAAAACAUUAUUAACGCUGAUCGAGAGACCCACGCUCAUGUUUCUGUGGUAAUAAGCUUUUGCCGGCACUGUGGAGAUGAUAUUGCUGGUUUGGUACCAAGGAAGGUUAAAAAUGCUGCAGAGAAGUUUAACUUGAGUUUUCCUCCUAGUGAGAUAAUCAGCCCAGAGAAGCAACAGCCCUUCCAGAAUUUGUUGAAGGAAUACUUUACAUCUUUGACCAAACACCUGAAAAGGGACCACAGAGAGCUACAAAAUAUUGAGAGACAAAACAGGCGUAUUCUGCACUCUAAAGGAGAGUUGAGUGAAGAUCGACACAAGCAGUAUGAAGAAUUUGCAAUGUCCUAUCAGAAGCUGUUGGCAAAUUCUCAGUCUCUGGCUGAUCUGUUGGAUGAAAAUAUGCCGGAUCUUCCCCAAGACAAACCAACUCCAGAGGAACAUGGGCCUGGCAUUGACAUUUUUACCCCUGGCAAACCUGGAGAAUAUGACCUGGAAGGGGGCAUCUGGGAAGAUGAAGAUGCUCGAAAUUUCUAUGAGAACCUUAUUGAUCUAAAAGCUUUUGUGCCAGCCAUUUUGUUUAAAGAUAAUGAAAAAUGUUCUCAGAACAAGGACUCCGGCAAGGAUGAAUCUAGAGAUUCAAAAGAUGCCAAGGAUAAUAAGGAUGUUGCUGGUAGUGAGGAUUUGGAGUUGGAUAUGGAGAAUUUGGACAUUAAUGAUGAUAACUUGGAGUUAGACUGUGGAGAUGAAACAGAAGAUCUCACAAAAAAGCUUCUUGAUGAGCAAGAACAAGAGGAUGAAGAAGCCAGUACUGGGUCUCACUUAAAACUGAUAGUAGAUGCUUUCCUUCAGCAACUCCCAAACUGUGUCAACAGAGACCUCAUAGACAAGGCAGCAAUGGAUUUUUGCAUGAGUAUGAACACAAAAGCCAAUAGAAGAAAGUUAGUACGAGCUCUCUUCAUAGUUCCUAGACAAAGGUUGGAUUUGCUACCAUUUUAUGCAAGGCUGGUUGCCACAUUGCAUCCCUGUAUGUCUGAUGUAGCAGAGGAUCUUUGUUCCAUGCUGAAAGGGGAUUUCAGAUUUCAUGUGAGAAAAAAGGACCAGAUCAAUAUUGAAACAAAAAAUAAAACUGUGAGAUUUAUUGGAGAGCUUGCCAAGUUUAAGAUGUUCUCCAAAAAUGACACCCUGCAUUGUUUAAAGAUGCUUCUGUCAGACUUUUCUCAUCACCAUAUUGAAAUGGCAUGUACUCUGCUGGAAACGUGUGGAAGAUUCCUAUUUAGAUCACCAGAGUCUCACUUAAGAACAAGCGUUCUUUUGGAACAAAUGAUGAGAAAGAAACAAGCAAUGCAUCUCGACGCACGGUAUGUCACAAUGGUGGAGAAUGCAUACUACUACUGUAAUCCCCCUCCUGCUGAAAAAACUGUGAGGAAGAAACGCCCACCUCUGCAGGAGUAUAUUCGUAAGCUUCUUUACAAGGAUCUCUCCAAGGUCACCACUGAGAAGGUCCUGAGACAGAUGCGCAAAUUGCCUUGGCAGGAUCCUGAAGUGAAAGAUUAUGUUAUAUGUUGUAUGAUCAACAUCUGGAAUGUGAAAUACAAUAGUAUUCACUGUGUAGCUAACCUCUUAGCAGGGUUGGUACUUUACCAAGAGGAUGUUGGAAUUCAUGUUGUGGAUGGAGUGCUAGAGGAUAUUCGCCUAGGCAUGGAGGUUAACCAGCCAAAGUUUAAUCAGCGACGGAUCAGCAGUGCCAAGUUCUUGGGAGAACUUUACAAUUACCGAAUGGUCGAGUCAGCUGUAAUAUUUCGAACUCUAUAUUCAUUUACAUCAUUUGGUGUGAACCCUGACGGUACUGCUAGUCCACUGGACCCUCCAGAACAUCUUUUUCGAAUUCGACUGGUCUGCACCAUCCUUGAUACCUGUGGGCAAUAUUUUGACAGAGGUUCCAGCAAACGGAAGCUUGAUUGCUUCCUUGUGUACUUUCAGAGGUAUGUUUGGUGGAAGAAGAAUUUGGAAGUUUGGACAAAAGACCAUCCAUUUCCUAUUGACAUUGACUAUAUGAUCAGUGAUACGCUAGAACUGCUGAGACCAAAGAUAAAACUCUGCAAUUCUUUGGAAGAAUCUGUCAGGCAGGUACAAGAUUUGGAACGAGAAUUCUUAAUAAAACUAGGCCUUGUGAAUGACAAAGAUUCAAAAGAUUCUAUGACGGAAGGAGAGAAUCUGGAAGAAGAGGAAGAGGAGGAGGAAGGUGGAGCAGAGACAGAAGAACAGUCUGGAAAUGAAAGUGAAGUAAAUGAGCCAGAGGAAGAGGAGUGCUCAGACAACGAUGAUGAGGAGGGUGAGGAAGAAGAGGAAGAGAAUACCGAUUACCUCACAGACUCCAAUAAGGAGAAUGAAACUGAUGAAGAGAACACAGAAGUAAUGAUUAAAGGAGGAGGACUUAAACAUGUUCCUUGUGUAGAGGAUGAGGACUUCAUUCAAGCAUUGGAUAAAAUGAUGCUGGAGAAUCUUCAGCAACGGAGUGGAGAAUCUGUGAAAGUACAUCAGCUGGAUGUUGCUAUUCCCCUGCAUCUCAAGAGUCAGCUAAAGAAGGGUCCACCCUUGGGUGGUGGGGAAGGAGAAUCUGAGUCGGGAGACACAAUGCCAUUUGUCAUGUUAACUCGAAAAGGCAACAAGCAGCAGUUUAAGAUCCUAAAUGUGCCAAUGUCUUCCCAACUUGCUGCCAACCACUGGAAUCAACAACAAGCUGAGCAAGAGGAGAGAAUGAGAAUGAAAAAGCUCACUCUGGAUAUUAAUGAACGGCAAGAACAAGAGGACUAUCAGGAGAUGUUACAGUCUCUGGCACAGCGUCCAGCUCCAGCAAAUACUAAUCGUGAACGGCGGCCUCGUUACCAGCAUCCGAAGGGAGCACCUAAUGCAGAUCUAAUCUUUAAAACUGGUGGGAGGUAA